AUUCUAGUUUUACAUGACGUUAUCAAAUCAUGUUGCUCUACUCAAUACCGAGAUUGAUAUUGGUCAAGUCGGCUCAAAUCAGACCGGACGAACCUGUUUCUAAAGGUUACAGUAACCAAUACAACAUGACGCGCUUGAUGGUCGGAUGCACUUGUCAUGAUGAUGUUGAUCAUCAGACAGCCGAAGACUCAGCCAAAACAUAUGUCAAGUUCCCGGGUCAUCGGUUUAUCAUCCUGCAAGAUUUGAACUGGCCCAAUGACUACAUGAUGACUGAUAACAGGCAAUUGACGUCUUGAACAGCCCCCUGCUGUCGGUCUGUCUUCUCAGUCCUGACGUUCUUCGAGUCCCGAAUCUUGUCCUUUCAAUGCGAAUAUCCAACACUAUUGCCGAGAGGAGACCCAUGAGCAAUGCGAAGAUCAAACAUAUGGCACGUGUUCCCACCCUUCCCUCGGUUGCGAAGCAAAUCCACAGCUUCAGGAGAUUUCUGUGUCUUCAGCCACAUAUCUCAAUCUCGCACCUCAACCCGCCCUGAUGCUGUACUACAUCUGACGUAAUGUCUUCAGUUGACGAAGGCACAUGUACGCAUGACUGUCGCCGAAAAUCCGUGUCGUCAGUCCAGUCUCGGUAGGCCAGUAGUGGCUCAGGCUUCAGCAAUGUCAUCCAGUACUCAAUUAUAAAGUCACGUCGUUGAUCCUGACUCAUCCUUCAACAAUCUCGUCAGAUCUGCUGGAUCCACGUUCCGACAACUCCCAUGUCGACAAUUGCAGGGGUGAUCCGAAAAGGGGAACGCGAUGACAUUCUCUGCGGAAUCUUUGGAUCCAUUAGCUCUUUUCAAAGAACCUUUUCAUAAACCAAGCUACAAUUUUCGAGGUCAGGUUAUAUCGUCAUAAACUCUGUCUUUCGUUUCAGAUAUAAGCCUCCGACAUCGUUGGCAGCAAGCAUGACACGGAUUUCCUGAAUUGUACUCGUACCUGCAUCAAAGGAUCCAGCGAAGGAUCGUACCACAGCAAUGCCACCACGCCACGGCAUGUCUGGUCAGCAUGAAAGACUUGCAUGUUCGGGAUCUCUUGUGAAGGUGUGUAUGCUGAGACCCUGUUCCUGCAGUAGCUCAAUCCAUCGUCAUCUGGUGGGCCACAACACGGCUUACUGUGUGAUGUUUUCUCUGACCCCUUUUCUCGUGGUUCUCUUGUGCAAAACACUGCGAUCGACGCUUGUUCAAGCAAAAUCAGCCUGACGUUGGGGCCAAAGGUCGGUCGCGCCUUGGCAACUUUAGCGUCUGCCAGAUUAUUCCGACUUGACUAACGACUAACAAUGAAUAGCGUAUUGAAGGGAAACAGAAUGAACUAUUCAGAGACUACCGGCUUCAGCGAUGAACGGUCCUACGGCCACCGCCAUCUGACUCUGGUCUUUGCAACUAUAACAAAGCCUCAACGGUUGUGGCUGUAAUACGAAAAGUCUCGCCCUUACUACGGAGUACGGAGUGCAGCAAGCAUGAAGCAUGGACACACACAACAUCCUCUGAUGGACAGGAAAAUGGUGCUUCUGCGAUUCUUUUCUUUUGCCGGAUCCGAGCCUUUUCCCGGGCGCGUCCGGAGUGACAUAAAAGAUCGACAUGAUAGAUCAGAAAACACAAGAUGCAUGUCGAAUUGUUUUCCUCCUCAGCUUGGUACUUACCAGUUUUGGCACCGUUACCCCUGACUGAGACCCCUGGAGGUGCAUCUGGGGCAUGAUACCUUGCAGGAUCAGCAUGACAGAGCCAACCAGCGUUAAGCCAUGUCUCGGCGGCCACAUGCCAUUGGGUCCACCAGUGUUGGAGUUUUACCUCACCCGAUCAAGUCUAGGGGGUGAAUCGCCCUAAACUCGCUGUUUUUCUUUGAGCUCUGGCAAGGCAGUCGUGUUCCUUAAGCUGACAGCGUGCCGCCAUGAGACUCACAGUCGGUGCCCACUGAAAUGUGCUUGCAUAAAUGCCAGAACAUCAUGAGAGCCUGUGGUUGGUGGAUUUGCGCUCGACAACAACACCACGAAGUAGCUUGAGGAUUCUUGAUGAACAAUUGAACCAAUUGCACCACGAAAGAACCAUUGCUAUAUUUGUUCGUCUCACCUAAUCACCAGAGACUUUCACCCUCGUCUCCCAGCUUCUGAGGUCAGAAAGCACAGACAAGAAUGAGCACCGUUCGACGAACCCUACUGUCGAUCGAGUUUGGCCGACCCAUGGCCGCAGUCAAACUGACUUAUCAAUCCUCUGCCCAAAUCCGAAAAGUCCAACCGACAACCUGCAUGACGAGUCACGAAUCCUACCAAUGGCGGCAAUGUUCAUACUGGAGACGAUAUGCAUAUCCAUCCAUGGCGGGGAUGGCAGCGCGUCGAGCGCGUUUGCUGACCACUUGAUUUCAAUCCUCACCAUCUGUUGCAGAGUUGGCAUGCACCACUCAGGAGAUAUCUCCCUUCAGAGCAUCCCUUAGAUCCCAAGAAUAACUUGUCCAGACAUGGCAUGACAAUGAUACGAAUUCUCAGACGCUGUUGGUAACAUGCCAAGCUUGGCGGCUCAUGCUAGCUAACCGGUAUGGGGCUCUCAGCAUCAUGCCCUUCAGCUGCACCGCUUUGAAGGACAGCUGAAGCCCCGGCUGAGCACGUUUACGUUUCUACCUGGCAAGACGCGCUGAAACGUGAGUCGCUCCCCUGUUUGGUCAACAUGCGCCAAACAAGGGUUGUGGGACGGACCAGACUAACAAAAUGGGGCGUCUGAGAUCUUUGACGUCGUCUAUCAUGGCAUCUCAGGGGAUUUACUAUUGACUCAACCGCAGUCUCAAUCUGGCUUAACCAACAUCACCGGUGGACCCUUGGACCCGGGGCCGCUUCUUUCCGGCCUCAAUUGGACUCUGACCUCGUUUAGUCGAUCAUCAACUCCAUGAGUCGAGUCACGUCAAUUCAAGCGGUCGAUUUAAGAUAGGGGACAAGUUUAUUUACUAACAACAAGCUAUGACAUAUUAGUCAACGCCCGCGACUUUUGGAAGAAUCUCAGAAUCUCUCCCUUGCAUAAGCUACGACACCGCCCAAGACCACAAGCUAUCUACGGAGCUAUUGAGCAUGUCACCGCGAUGUUGAGUCCGGUGAUCUGGAUGUCACGAUCCAUGCCGAUCUACAAAAACUUUACCAUAACGGCACAAGAUUGAGCGGGUUACCUGAUGCCACGAUGCGUUGCAUAUUGUCUAAAUUGGGAGACGUGUCUGUGCUGAAAAGACAUGUGGAAUUGAAACUGCAACAUGCUUUGACUCUCCAACUCUGUGUUACCGCUUGUCAGUAAGUUUGACAGACCAUUGAAUGGACAGAGGCGUGUCCGAACUUUUGGUUACCAAUAUCAUGGCGGUUAUCGAUGCCAUGAGACUUGAGUCUCAUACAUGCCAGCCAAGGGUCUCGCCAGCAUUGGAUAUGUACUACGUAAGACCCGGUCCGUGGAUCACGAUCUGAGUUGGACGAUGUGACCAUGGUGCAACGACACGGUAAGCGAGCCGUGCUAUGUCGAUGCCUUGACGGCCGCAGAGGACUCGGCAUAUAGAUCAAGGUUAGCUAUCGUGCCACUCGUGAGUCAGCUUUGGCAGGUCUUCAGAAUGGCAGUCGGCGUGGUGUAUGGGCAUCAUUAACGGAUAUGGGAGGUUCAGAGGCCAUCAUAAUCUGGAAAUGAUGCGACAAACAUUUUGCAGGAAUCACUUCGUCUUGGAUAGAUUCGGCUGAUGCCUACUCAGUUCAAAGAUCUCUCAUCACCUCCUCAACAGCCCUGGCUGCCAUUCUCUUCCUCUGUUCCUCUCCCAUCCCCUCGCCGGCUUCCCUCACAGCUUGGAGUUUUCUCAUCAUCUUCUCAAUCUUGGCGAUCUCGUCCUCAUCCAGGUCCUCUAACCCAACUCCACCAGAAGCACCCUCCUUACUAGUCUCUGCCUUGCUGGAUUCUGAGGGUUCCUCGACAUCCUGGCUGGACUCCCAUAUGGCGCGUCGUAGACCUUCAAAGUCUGACUUGUCGAAGCCAAAGCCCAUCUUUUGGGGAUCUAAAUCUUUGUCAUCCUCAUCUGCCUUGGCUGAGCUCGUUUCAAAGUCACCAAACUCGGAAUCUGAUAGUGGUGCUUCGAGUUGAGACCAGUCGUUUGCUUCGAGGGCUUCUUUUACUCGUGCAACUCCUGUUUUUUCUUGUCCUUGUUAGUAACUUUCUGUGAGCGACAGAUUCGACAUACCGCCAAAUUCGUUACGACCAGUAUCGCCAUUUCCGCCAAGAGACACAAACUCCAGUCCAGCCUCUGCGCAGAUCUCAUCCCAUUCCUCUUCGUUGCCAUCUCCUCCCACGCCGAUAGCUAGUCCUACGCCAUCCCACUCCCAUCCCCCUAGUCCCUUCCUCAGGACUUUGCCGAUGUGCUCUACUAGUUCCUUUGCCGGGUGAUCCUUGGACGAUGAAAUCGGACCUGCGGUGAAGACUACUACUACACCUCCUAACACGGCGAGCACUUCGGCGGCUUCGGGGGAUAGAAAUGACUCUGACCAUUCAGAAGGUGAGGCGAUGAGGUCAAGCCAGAUGGGAACUGUGGUGGAAUAGUAUGGUGUUUUGAGGGCGAGGCUAUGAGUUGUGCCUGCGAUCCCGAGGGAGGGAUCUGGUGAUUCUGGGGCUGAUCCUGUGAGGUCUGAGACUUGUCAGUGAAUUUUGUGGUGAAUGAUGUCAGUUUAUAUUUCGUAGAUGACCACUGGCAUAUCUGGAUAAAGUGAACCCACCUUUGACCAACUUUGACAAAACUGCUGUCUCAUUCUCAAGGGCCACAGCCAGUAUUCUUCUUGAGCUGGAACUCAUCUCGGCUUCAGUCAUCGUGGUGGCUGUAUAUUCAAGUCUGUAUCUUGAAUCCGAAAUGAAAUACGAGAAAUGCAAAAAGAGAGUGACUGCAGUAUAAGUCUUGAACUUGAUGAAUGAGAUUGGUAAGGGAUGUGUAGAUGAUGAGUGAGCGACAUUGGUGGGGUGGAGGGGCUGAUAAGAUAAGAAAGAAGCUACCCUGAACCUUUGCACAGAAUAUCGAAUUCGCCAGUAUCAUAUCCAAUUUUCCAGCUGAGGGGAAGUAUUUUGCUCUUGGGUGUUUGGUUCUUAUAUAGUAUAAGACCCUUAAGCCCUUCGCCAUCAUCUGUGUUGCUUUAAAUCUGGUGAUGUUGCCUCUGUAGUGACUCAACUCAAUGUGAGACGUUGAUAUCAAUGCAGCAAUAUGAUCUCGUUAGGACAGCUCAGACACAACCGAAUUAACAUUUUGAGUUGGGAAUAACUAUCAUGAAUCAUAAAUAAAAACCAAUGCGAGGUAAUGCAAUCUUAUACGCCAGCGCUUCCAUGUAAACCCAGGAGCGAGCUCAAUCUAUGCCCCAACACCACCCAAACACCAUCAAAUACACGGCGAAUGUCUUCCACUCCCCUCUCCAUCUCCUCCCCAUCCAAAUGUCCGCUGCAGAACCUCCAGUCCCGCUCUCAUUCCCCUCGCGGAGUCUUCAGCCCCAGGCGCCACACACUCGUCCACUAUAUCAUCACGGCUCAACCGUCCUCGUCGCCUUGUCUGAAUCGCCUGCUCGAUCGGUCGUCGCCACAGUCUGAACCACUGAUCUUCACUCAUACAUGCAUAUCGGAGCGUUCCCUGCCUGUCAGGCCGACUUAGCGACCAUUCCACGAAUACCGUCUCGUACCACCUCGUGCGCAGCGACACCCAUGGCCAAGUGAAUAUCCACAGAAGAGAAACAUAUAAUAAAAGUACAAUCCAUCGUGUGAGGCGCCAUCGAUUGGUUAGGCAGUGGUUGUAUAUCUCAACCCGUCCAUUCGUCGUAGGAAAGGUUAUGUUGACUUCCCCACGAUAUCCCGUCCCCCGCACCAAACUCUCCAGCCUAGACCCCACGAGGGCGAAGUCCCAGCCUGUCAAGCGCCGCUCCAGAACAAACACCUUUAGACCGGCUCUGCUCGCACAGUAUCGAUAGCACCACUGCGCAACACCCGGCGUGCCCUCCUCAGGCGGUCCGCUGCCCCCAAACCCUGGCGCGCGCGUCAUGCUCGCUGUCCCGCGGCGCACCUUGUCGAAGUUGUUCACG